GCCAGCUACACGGAUCCCUAUGAAACCGACGUUAUCGUCACCGCCCCAGGCCAGACCGUCGACGUCCUCAUCAAAGCCGACCAGCCGGUCGGGUCGUACUACAUGGCGGCGCGUCCGUACAUCAGUGUUCCUCUGCCGACUGUCAUACCAUUUGACAACACAACCACCAGGGGCAUUUUCGCCUACGAGGGUUCCGAGUCAAACAACUCCGUGAUGCCAACCCUACCUGAUUUCCUUGACACCCCAACGGCUCACAAGUUCUACACCAACCUGACAGGGCUCGCCGGUGGACCCCAGUGGGUCCCUGUCCCGCUCGUCGUGGACGAACACAUGUUCGUAACAGUCGGACUGAGUACGGAGCCGUGUGAAGAGAUUAAUGCCACG